AUGUCAUCACCCGACGCCGUCACCGAGACGAAAUCUGACGUCCAAGUCCCGGAUCACGAAGUAGAACAUUCUCCUUUUGUGGACUUAAGUGAACAGUUCAAUUAUACUCUGGAUAAUCUGGACAACAACCAAUUAAACACCCAGUUGACGUCCCAUACCCUGCCUUUGGGUUCUAAGACAUUCUGUGAUAUUCUGGCAUCAUUACAAACUCUGGUGUUAAGUCAAAACAAGAAAGAAAACGGAGAGGGUUAUGAAGAAAAUACCCUUCCAGUUCUUCAAGACCUGGACAAAUUCAGUUUGACGUCAUAUUCUCUCAGCUAUUACAUUAGUCACUGUCUACCCAAUGAACAGACUGUGCCCGUUUUGUCUUUGGUCAACAAGUCUACGACAAUGUGGAUAUCAAAAUUAUUUCAAUUUUCAAACUGUGGGGCAUUUUAUACAGAAAAUAUGUUAUUAAGUUAUGAAAGAGUAAUACUGCUUGCUAUGCACCGUAUGUUUGGUCCAGAAUACUUAAAUCUAUCUGAAUUUCCAAUAGUUUAUUGUACUCCAGAUCCAGUAUUGGUUGGUACGAUAAAGAGAACUGCUUUACAAAUUGGAAUGAAUGAAAAAUGUGUACAAAUUAUACCAUCUCUAUCAAAUGUACUGUGCCCUUACAAAGCAGACUUAGGAGCAUUAGAAACAAUCAUCACAACUGAUGUUGAAAACCACAGAAAACCUCUUAUUGUUUUUGCAAGAGCAGGUGCUCAUGUUACUGGUCAGAUGGAUGAUAUCGUAAACCUAAAAGAACUAUGCAGUAAACACAAUAUUUGGUUACACUUAUCUGGUGACAAUUUAUCAGCACUGGCUCUGACAACAUUUAAAACUAAAAGUACUAAUCUAGCCGAUAGUAUGACAUUAACUCCAAGCAUUUGGUUGAAUAUUUCUGCACUUCCCGUAAUUACUUUAUUUGAUAAACAAUAUACAAGUACAGAUAUAUUGAAUAUUUACAAGAGUAAAUGUUUACCUAUUUGGACGUGUUUUCAAGCUUUAGGUCAUGAUGCGCUUGUACUAAGGAUACAACAAAAAUUUGAAAUUUGUCAACGCAUACAUAGUUUGGUUAAACGUUAUGACUGUCUGAGGAUUUUGUGUGAAACUAAUGACCAAAACGGUGAGUCUAAUGAGGAAACGGUUGCUGAAAUUAUUGCCAACCGAGAGAAUAUUCCAGAUCUAUUACACAAUCUAUCGAGUUGUCUUGUCAUCCAAUUUGUACCAAAAGACUGUAACCAAAGAGUUUCUCCUUAUUACGAUAAACUAAAUUCUUGGUUAGGCCAAGUGCUGGAGCGAGAAAUUCCAGAAGCACCUCUAGAAUUGUGUGAAAUUGAGACCCUCGGUGUUGUAGUAACGUUUUCACCUUUUACUGUUUUAAAUUCACUAGUAACUGAAGAUGAUUGGGAAACAUUUAGCAUAUGUUUGGAUCAACACAUUGAAAUUUUGCUAGCAACAGUUGAUUAUAAAGAAAAACUAACAGGACUAAUAGCCAAUCUGCCAUCAUUAGAAUAUGUCGAAAUCGAUGACUGGGCAGGACUUGGUGCUGUACGGUACGUGCCACAACUAUGGAAAUCGUCCGACCAGCAAUUGGCCACUGAUCAGGCAAAACAAGAUUUGAAUCGACUAAAUGUACGUAUCGUGCAGCAGCUUCGUUCAAUUGACGCUGCAUUUUCGUUAGGGGAAGGAAGUGAUGGAUUGGCCUGUGUUCGUUUUGGUAUGGUCACGGCUGACACAGAUGUAGCAGAAUUGUUGUCUCUAGUCCAAAGUACUGGGCGUAAAGAAGAAGAGUCUACCAAAUACAUUGAUUCAAUGGCCGAACUCGUUAAAAAAGGUAUAGAAACUGCGACUGUAGACUUAAAAAAAGAAACCGAAGAAAAAAUAUGGCAAGAAGGCAUUUUAAGACAUGUACCAGUUUUUGGGAACAUAGUUAACUGGUGGUCUCCACCUGCCAAAAAUGCAGUGAAAGGCCGUUGGUUAGAUUUGGAGGCAGGGGUGGUUCGAUCGACAGAAGUAAUAUAUGAAAAGAAGGCACAAGUAGAAGACUCUGAAGGCAAUGAAAAUGUACCUGCUGCUCCUGAAGAUGUGCCGAUGGAGUAA